AGAUACUUAAAUCCUUCAACUGACGGCAAAGUAACUUUGCCGCCAAUUGCAAAUAAGAUGGAAAGGUAUCAGGACAACGGUAUCUAUUUAUGUACGGCGUCAAAUAGUGUUGUGGAUAGUUUCGGAAAUAGUUUGCAGACCGGGAAGAUCUUCGUGAUGACAAAUGGACCGCCCAUCUUUUUGAAAAACAUUGAACAUAAGCCGUAUGGUCAUCCAGGGAAACUAUACAAUUUAACAUUUAUUGUAUACAGUACCUCUGAGAUAGAAUCUUAUAAUGUUAAAAGUGAAAAUAAGGAAAUAGCAGCUUCCAUGCAGACGACACCUAUUAACAGUACUAUGGUAUUCCACGGAACUGAAAUAACUGUAAAAACCCUGAAAAUUGUUUUGAGCUUCAACAUAUCUAAUAAGUGUAGACGUCAGGACUAUACUGUAACACUGUGUAAUGGAUACACCAACAGUAGUUUUGUAGAAUAUAUAACACCUGUCCCGGGCGAUAUAGAAGAGACGAAAACUGGUGUAACAAAAGUUGCAAUACUUAUCUUGCCGAUAUUUGUGGUAAUGUGUGUCCUAAUUCUAGGAGGAGCAGUUUUCCUGAGAAGAAAAAAAAAUAGAAGAAUAUCGGAGGAUAUGUCAGAGUCAGAGUCGAUAGAAGGACAACUAGUGCCUAUUGAAAAUAUUGUGUAUCAAACUGCAACUCAGUCGGUAACUUUUCCACUCACACCUGUUCAAACAAGUGCAGAAGUCAUCGAAUAUAACCGCGGCUCAUAUGUUCAAGAACAGACGACGGCUCCAGCGACAGGACAGUUAAAUUAUGCAGAUGUUAUUUUCCCGCCAUCUACGACGCAAGCUAACUUGCAGAUCAUAGGCAUUGAAAACAGAACUGUAUACGCCGAUGUUACUGUUUCUGCAGGAGCCUCGAGUCUCGUCAGUUCUCGUGAUGUAACGAGUAGUGAUGAAGAAGAAGAAGACUUUGUUGAAAUGGAGGGUCUCAAGAAUUUUGUUGACAAAAGAAAAGAACAUUAAAUUUGCCUCGAUUUGUUAAAUGAAAUGUAUCUCAUUUAUUGUUACACGGUGUUUAAAAAUACUUUUGAAACUUUAUUAUGUAUUCAAUAUCAAGAAAUUUACAUUGUACUUUUGACUUUUCGUUGUGGAGAAAAAAAUUCUGAUAAAAACAGUUAAAACUCAAUUCAAGAACAGCUGAAGGUGCUUAAAACUGUUUUAAUUCAUUUUCGAUUUAUUUAUUGAUAUAUUUAUACAAA